AAGGUUAGUUUCCUGGUGUGGGUGUGAGGUGGGUGGAAGGGGAAGGAAGGAGUCCCGCGACUGCAGGGGGCCGGUUUGGCGUGGUAGUCGCUGCUCGUCUGGGGCUGGGUGGGGAAUGAUGAGCGUCGCGAGGCGGCGGAGGAGGAGGCGGAGCAGCAGCAGCCGCGGCCGCGCUGAAACCUCCUUCCUGUUUCUCUCCGCGGCGGCCCCGUCGCGCUGUUGACUGUCCGGCCGGAGACGAAAGGAGCUCUGCGGGGGUCCGCCCACUUUGGCAAGGCGCUUGCUGACCGCAGCUGUCAUGGAUGAAUUAGUGGAAGAUGACAUUGAUAUUUUGAACCAUGAAAAAGCAGACACUCAUCCUAAAAGAGAUGAAGAGAUUCCUGUUCCAGUGUACACAGGUGAAGAGUCUGUUGCUUCACAUUUUGCACUUGUCACUGCUUAUGAAGAUAUCAAAAAACGGCUAAAAGAGACAGAAAGGGAGAACUCUGUCUUAAAGAAAAGAGUAAGACUGUUGGAAGAAAAGGUCCUUGGCUCCCAUUUGGAAGAAACAACGAGCUCUAUAGGUCGUGAGCAGGUGAACAAAGCCUACCAAGCCUAUCGUGAAGCUUGUAUUGAACGAGAUAAUCUGAAAAUCAAACUGGAGAAAAUGAUGAAGGAGAACACUGAAUCCCUGAAAGUCUUGAAUGAGCAGUUGCAGUCCAAAGAAGUGGAGCUCCUACAACUAAGAACUGAAUUGGAAACUCAGCAAGUGAUGAAGAGUCUGAAUUCAAGCCCAUCUAACUGGGAAAUAGACAAGCUGAAUAAUGCCCUGAAGGUGCACAGUUUGGAGCAAGAUUUGGAGAAGCUGAGGGAAGAAUGUAAUAAUCUUAGAAAAGAAUUACAAGUAUCUGCACAGAAGGUUGAAUCCCAGCAAGAAAUUGUAAUAAAUGGAGAGUUUGUCAAGCAGCAGAACAUUCAAAGUGAAAAUGUUCAGCAAGCAUACUGGGAAUUGAAGAAGGAGAUGUCUAAUCUGCAUCUGGUGACUGAGGUACAAGCUGAAAUGCUGAGGAAACUGAAACUGAUCCCAUCUGCACCCAAGAAAGUGCCAUCCUAUACUACUGCUGUUCAGUGUAUUGAAGACCUUGAAGAGGAUACAACAAAUCUACAUCUUGCGGCUUCUGGAUCAGUGUGCAAAAAGUGGCUACUUCCACCAACUGACCAAGUUUUCAACAAUGCUGUAUCUUCCCCAUCAUGUACUGAAGAGAGAUUUUGUGACUCUCCAUUUCAAGAACAGAACUCCUAUGGAAAGAUCUCUUUGGAAGAUAAUUCUUGGGUCUUCCCAAGCCCUCCAAAACCUAGUGGGACAAUGUUUUGUGAAAUGAGACACAGAGCGUCUCAGUUAAACUUUCCAGAAAAUAAUUUGGAUCAGUGCAACCAAAACUGCCUGGGCAAGAGUGAAGAACUUUAGGAAAAAGUUGAUACAAAUUUGAACAGGCGCGUGUGUGCAUAAGUGGAAUGUAGCAAGUGUGAAGGAGGAUGAAAGGGUAGCAGUCCAAGCUGGAUCUUACUCUUCACUUGUCUAAAUUUGAAAGCAGUCCAAUGAAAUCAAAAGAAAUGGCAUUUGAUGAAAAUGAGUACACGAGUCACUCAGUCCUCCAGAUUACUAGAGUAUUAAGUCUUGGAGUCAAACAAAAACUGUACAUUGCAGCUGUGUGAAUAACAUUGCUUUGAAAUAGAGCAUCUUCCGACAUUUUCAUAAGCUGUGAGAAUGUUCUUUUUGACAGUAUGUUUUCUCUUUAGGCUUCUCAGGUAAAGAAUAGAAUGUGAUUUUGCUUUUACCUCUAGUUCUGAAGCAGUUACUGCAUUUUCUCAAUGAGUAGUGGGUGUUGGGAGGAAAAGGCGAACAGAUGAAACUAUUGUGACAUAUGUAAUAAGCCAAAUUACUAGAAUUCCUUAACUGUGUUCUCCCUAGCCUUACAGUGAAGAAUUUGAUAUAGUGGAAAAUUGAAAAUCUCUUAAAUAAUACGGUAGAUUCUGCUGUCAUUUUUCAAAUGGGUAAUGACAUUAUGUAGUUACUGCUACCUCUUCUGGUAUUACCCUAACCAAAUCAUUUGGGUGCUUAUCUGUCUGUUACCAAAAUCAUUGCUUUAAGACUUCUGAACCCAUUAAUUUUGCUUUGGUGUAAAAACUUCCAAGCGCCUUAAUCUAGGCAGAAGAACUGUUAACUCUAAAUGCAUUUAAUCUUUUUUUACAGAAACACAUAACUGACGUGUCCUAUACUUAAUAAGAUGCUUCAGGUGUCCAAAAGUUAUGUACAUGGGUAGCACAGUAUUUUAAUUCUCAACAUUCAAAUAAUUUUUAAGCCUUAGCUCCCUACCUUGUAUUAUUGAUUAUUCUGUAGUCAAGAUUUGAUAGUAAACUCUGUUAAUCCAUAUUGAGCUACUUCAAGCAGAGAACUUGCCCUUAAAGGUAUAUGAAUUGCCAGGCUUCCAGCAAUUCUUUUCCAUACUUGACUUUUAAUAUGCAGGGGCAAUUACAGUUUUUCAUAUUAGAAAGCUCUAGUGAGGACCUGACUACAUAGUGAGGAAACAGGUUUAUGUUUUGCUAGUUCAAUGCUGGACUCUUUAUCAGAUCAUUCCAGUAUUUACAAAUUAGUGUCUUCUGCUGUUUCCCACUUGCAUCUAGGUGUGAAUUUGAAACACGAAUAGGAAAAAGUAAAAUCUGUAUUAGAUGUAACAGAUGCAUGUUCCUAAAUGAUAAAGGACUUGUCUUGGAGCUGUGUCUAUAUGUUCUUGAACAGCACCACCAUAUCGGUGGUGUACUGUGACAGAGGGAAUAGUACAUUUUUCCUUUCUUGCAUUUCUAUAUUUCAGUGCUGGCUCCUGUAUUCCUUGUCUAAUAUUGGAGGGAAUGUAAUACGUGAAGAAAAAAGUAUACCUUCUACUGUGGUAGUGAAUGGCAUACAUAAAUAAUGUACAUACCAUUCACCAGAUAUGUUUGUUUUAUCUCUUAUCUUGCUCACGUAGCCUGGCUUGUCUGUGAUUAAUGGAAAUGGUGUCAGAUGCUGGAAUUUAUUCUGACCAAUGAACAUAGCUGACUCGAGGGAGUACAAUCUCCUGAAGAGUAAUAGAACAAACCCAAUAUGCAUAAAAUAAAUCCAAGUCACUAGACUUUAGCUGAUAGAACCAACUACCUGUGUAAUAACAAAGCAGCAGAAGCGAUUUCUCAUGUGGCUGCAUAGCUCUGAUGUGUUUCUCAGGGCCGAUUCUUUGGGUACAAGAGACUUGGAUAAGUGACAUUGUCCAGCACAAGAGCCUCUUAAUGUUUUGAACAUGUGCUGAAGAAACAAACCUAUUUUUAAAUAAAUUAUUUUUCCGUUUGAAAAUG